AUGUUUCCAGGACAGGGACGUCAUUCAUAUCAAGGUAAUUAUGGUCCUCCACAAGGACCACCUCCUAAUCAACAAUAUAAUAAUUAUGGUCCACCACAAGGUCCUCCUCCUCAACAAUACAAUUAUCAAGAUAAUUAUGCUAGACCAAAUCAACCACCUCCUCAACAACAAUACAACAAUAACUAUAAUAGACAACAACCUGGUUUAAAUGGAGAACCAAAUUAUGGCAAUCAGUAUGGAUCCGGAAGUUAUUCAAGACCACCAUCAAAUCAACAAUCUUUUGGUGCUCAAGAUUAUAAUUAUCAAUACUCACAAUGUAAUGGAAGAAAAAAAGCAUUAUUAGUUGGAAUUAACUAUAUUGGUACCAAAAAUGAAUUACGUGGAUGCAUAAAUGAUGUUGGUAGAAUGGAACAGUUUUUAUUGAAUCAUGGUUUCAAUAGUGAUGAUAUAGUUAAAUUAUCAGAUGAUCAAAGAAAUAGAAGAGCAGUACCACUUAGACAAAAUAUAUUGGACGCUAUUCAUUGGCUUGUCAAAGAUGCAAGACCAAAUGAUAGUCUUUUUUUCCAUUACCUGGGGCAUGGCGGAAAUACUCCUGACCUUGAUGGUGAUGAAGAAGAUGGCUUUGACGAAGUAAUUUAUCCCCUUGAUUUUGAAACUGCUGGAUUUAUAGUUGAUGACUUAUUACAUGAUAUGAUGGUGAAAUCUUUACCUCCUGGUUGUCGUUUAACGGCUCUUUUUGAUUCUUGUCAUUCUGGUUCAGCAUUGGAUUUACCAUAUAUGUAUUCUACAAAAGGAGUUUUGAAAGAACCAAAUAUCGUAGCUGAGGCUGGUCAAGAUUUAUUACAAGCAGGAAUGGGAUACUUAACAGGAAAUAGCCGUAAUAUGAUGAGUGGUUUAAGUUCUGCUUUUAAAAGUGUAAUGAAUCAAGGUAAAGCAUCAAAAGCUCAACAAUUAAGUAAACAAACCAAAACGGCGCCAUGUGAUGCUAUAUCUUUUAGUGGAUGUAAAGAUGAUCAAACAAGUGCAGAUGCUCAAGAACAAGGACAAGCAACUGGAGCAAUGAGUUAUGCGUUCUUAACUGUAAUGAAUCAAAAUCCAAAUCAAUCUUAUUUAUCAUUAUUACAAAAUAUGAGAUCAAUUUUACUGAGUAAAUAUUCACAAAAACCUCAAUUAACUUCUUCUCAUCCAAUUGAUACCAAUUUACAAUUCAUAUUUUAA